AUGGCACUUUAUUUAAUCGAUACUUUUUCAACACUUCGCGUCAAGAAUAUUGCUCAAUAUGCAAAAUUUUAUCAAGAUAUUUCAAAAGAGUUUUCUUUAAUUAUCAAACCAGAAAAUGAAGAUUUAGCAACAUUAUUAUCCUAUAAAGGCUUAAAUUUUAAAGAUUUCAAACCUCACAAAAAAGAAGAAGACAUUCUAAAUAUCUAUAAAAAAGAUAGCCUUUUAUAUUUUAUCGCUUGGGAUAAAAUCGAUGAUCUUAAAAGCAAAUUCCCAAACUUGGAUACAAAUGAGAAAUGCGAUGAUUUAACACCUCUUGAGUGCGCAUGCAAAUUUGGAUCAGAGUUAUGUUUCAAAUACUUGAAAGAUAAAGGUGCAAAAUAUACUGAAAAUACUGCAAAAUUUGCUUCUAAAGAUGGAAAUAAAAUAAUUUUCUCACAAAUGCUAAAUGACGGUCAAUCAUUUAAAGGCUUAGUCGACAUUGCAUUGAUUCACCGAAAUUACGAACUUGUGAAUUAUCUUUCAACAAGUUUCGAUCAACAUCCUUCUUCAGAAAUAGCAAAAUUUUUGUAUUAUGGGAAUUUUGAUACUGCAUCAUAUCUAAUUCAAAAUGGAAAUAGUGUGAACAAUAAAUUUAUUCUCUUUCUUUUAAUAUCAAUCAUCGUUUUAUGA